AACUCUCGGCGUUACAGGGCGGGAAGUCCCGGUGCAGUAGUAUAUGGUGUUAGCGCGUUCAGCACAGCUGCCAUCAUCAUGCCGCCCCCCGGCCGCGAGCAGUGGCACAGCCUUGUCCGGGAUCUAAUCGACAGCAACGCGGUUAUGGUCUUCAGCAAAAGUUACUGUCCGUAUUGUAUCCGGGUUAAAGACCUUUUUACCUCUCUGGGCAGAGAGUAUAAAGCCCUUGAAUUGGAUCAGUGCGACGAUGGUGCCAGUAUUCAGGGCGUGCUUCAUGAAAUGACCGGACAGAAGACUGUCCCUUGUGUGUUUGUAAAUAAAACGCAUGUUGGUGGUUGUGAUAAAACACUUCAGGCUCAUCAAGACGGGACCCUGGCGAAGUUACUGGGUGACGACAGUGUGACCUAUGACUACGAUCUUAUUGUCAUUGGCGGUGGCUCGGGAGGCCUGGCUUGUUCUAAGGAAGCUUCGUCCAUGGGAAAGAAGGUCAUGGUCUUAGAUUAUGUUGUUCCCACCCCACUUGGCACCUCUUGGGGACUUGGUGGAACGUGCGUGAAUGUUGGGUGCAUUCCUAAGAAGUUAAUGCACCAAGCUGCCAUUUUGGGCCAGUCACUUAAAGAUUCUGAGAAGUUUGGCUGGGAAUAUGAUAAACAAGUUAAACAUAACUGGUCUACAAUGACAGACGAAAUCCAGAACUACAUCGGCUCCUUGAAUUGGGGAUACAGGGUCUCCCUGAGGGACAAAAAUGUCCGUUAUGAAAAUGCCUACGGGGAAUUUGUGGAGCCCCAUAAAAUAAAGGCAACAAACAAGAAGGGGAAAGAAGUUUUCUACACUGCAGAGAAGUUUGUGAUUGCAACAGGGGAACGACCUCGAUAUUUGGACAUACCUGGUGACAAGGAGUAUUGCAUCACCAGUGAUGACCUUUUCUCUUUACCCUACUGCCCUGGAAAGACACUAGUUGUUGGAGCAUCAUAUGUGGCAUUAGAGUGUGCUGGAUUUCUGGCCGGAAUUGGAUGUGACGUCACUGUAAUGGUGCGAUCCAUAUUUCUUCGCGGUUUUGACCAAGAAAUGGCUAAUAAAGCUGGCACGUACAUGGAAACGCAUGGUGUGAAAUUCAUCAAGAAAUUUGUGCCAAUCUCUGUUGAGAAAUUAGAGGACGGUGCUCCAGGAAAACUCAAAGUUGUCGCAAAAGCAACAGAGGGAGAUCAGAUUAUCGAAGGAGAAUAUAACACCGUUUUAGUUGCUGUGGGAAGAGACUCGUGUACCAAAAAUAUUGGCCUUGAGAAGGUUGGUGUUAAAGUUAAUGAGAGAAACGGGAAGAUUCCAGUGAAUGAUCAGGAGCAAACAAACGUGCCUCAUAUUUACGCUAUUGGGGACAUCUUAGAUGGAAAGUGGGAACUGACUCCAGUGGCUAUCCAGGCCGGGAGACUGUUGGCCCGGAGACUAUAUGGCGGCUCCACCAUUAAGUGUGAUUAUAUCAAUGUUCCUACAACUGUGUUUACGCCCCUGGAGUACGGCUGCUGCGGGUAUUCUGAGGAGAAGGCCACUGAAAUCUUUGGAGAAGAAAACUUGGAGAUUUAUCACACUCUGUUUUGGCCCCUUGAAUGGACAGUCCCAAGUCGUGAUAACAACACUUGUUUUGCAAAGAUUAUCUGCAAUAAACAGGAUCAGGAACGAGUGAUCGGGUUCCAUGUUUUGGGUCCAAAUGCUGGAGAGAUUACUCAGGGCUUUGGUGUUGCAAUGAAGUGUGGUUUGACAAAAGAGAAACUUGAUGAAACCAUUGGCAUCCAUCCCACAUGUGCAGAGGUCUUCACUACUAUGGAUGUCACUAAAUCAUCUGGAGGAGACAUCACUCAGAAGGGUUGCUGAGGUUAGACCCUGCUGUUACCUUCUCCCCAGGAUUUCACCUGUGUUGCGCUAACACUAUUCCAGCAUCUGUUGGGCAUGAGCUGCUCAUGGGAGAGUUCUCAUGAGCGUUGCUGAUGUGUUGGCCGCAGUAGAGGUGUCCCUGGGUUUAUGUAGCAGCAGGCGUUACUGUUGGAUCUGGGCUUGCCUCGGUAGCAUUUUACUUAAAUGCAUCUUUGAAGUCUUUGCUCACUACCCUAAGCUUAGGGAGAACUCUGACUGAUCACCUGGGACGGCUCAGACCGUUUGUCAUCUUGAAUAUAGAAUAUUUUUAUUGUACUGUACGCACACACAGCACCUCUGUACAUUCUUUGUAUUCCGUUCUUUGUACAUUUGGAAAGUUUCCAUAUAGGGAAAAAUUGUUGCAUUGUAGUUUUCCGUCUGAUAGGUUGUGACUGCUGCCUGUUUUAUCUAGGAUUUAUUUAUGAUCAGAAAAAGUUUCCUAAUACCAGAGGAUAGGGUUUACCAGAAGCUGAAAUACUUUACUUGUCUGAUUUAAGCACUGGUGUAAUAGCAAUGAGCCUGCGUUACUGUCGCCUGCUUGCCCAGCCAGUUCCGUUACUUGUGUGACAGUAUGUAGCGAGGACUGUGCUGCAGGUUGUUCAUUAGGAGUUUAAUUUCUCUGUUGCUUCAUUUUCAUCUGUCUGAGGUUGCACUGUCCUACGUCUGUAACCUGAUGCGCCCAACAUCUACUGAAGUGAUUCAACAUCUUCGGCAUUUUAGUUUUUGCUACGUUACUGUCUCUUGCCAUUUGAGAGUCUACAAAAAACAAUAAAUAACAAUGUUUUCAA